AUGCUUGUUUCACUCGUACGUUCAUUAUCACGUCAAAGAAUUCGAGUUCCAGUUUCUCGUUUUAGCACCUACAAUGCUCUGCGCAAUAAUAGUGAAAAAGACUAUAAAUCUGAUGCUCCUAAUUAUGAAAGCAUUUUGACGGAAAGCCAUGAUAAAGUUGGAUUAAUCACAUUGAAUCGUCCAAAAGCUUUAAAUGCAUUAUCCAGUGACUUAUUUCAUGAAGUUAAUGAUGCUUUGAAAAAGUUCGAUAAUGAUCCAAGUAUUGGAGCUAUUGUUAUUACCGGAAAUGAACGCGUUUUUUCGGCUGGUGCCGAUAUCAAAGAAAUGCUUAAUCAAACGUUUGCUAACUCUUAUAAAACCAAUUUCCUUUUUCAUUGGGGAGAGAUUAAUAAUGUUAGGAAGCCAGUCAUUGCUGCUGUUAAUGGAUUCGCGCAGCUGGGUGGUGGAUGCGAAUUAGCUAUGAGUUGUGAUGUUAUAUAUGCAGGAGAGACCGCCAAAUUUGGGCAACCUGAGAUUAAACUUGGUCUUAUCCCCGGCGCUGGAGGUACUCAGAGACUAACAAGGGUAGUUGGAAAAUCUAAAGCGAUGGAAAUUGUGUUAUCUGGUCGAACAUUUACAGCUCAAGAAGCUGAACAAUGGGGGCUUGUAAGUAAAGUAUUUCCAGUGAGUGAAGUACUUGAAAAAGCUAUUGAACUUGGACAGGAGUUCGCCGGAUUUUCUCAACCAGUUGUUCAAGCUGCUAAAGAGUCGGUCAAUGCUGCCUAUGAAUUAUCAUUGAGAGAAGGGUGUCAUUUCGAAAGAAGAAUAUUCCAGGCUCUUUUUUCUCUGAAUGAUAGUAAGGAAGGAAAAGAUGCUUUUGCUAACAAACGUGAACCCAAUUGGACCCAUGAUUAA